CCUAGCGGCAGACAUGCAAAGCCGGAGGGGAGCGUAGCAUCCUCUGCUGACACUUUUAUCACAUGCAAACGCCUGCUCUUAUUUGUCCGUCCGUAUGAGGGACUUAUGCCGCCAUGGGUUCGUAACAUAAACAGGUGUAUAGAGGUUUGAAUGAAUAGCUGAGGAGCAAUGAGCGGCUGCUGGAGGUGUUUGCUGUCUUGAACACACCCCGCUGAGUACCCCGAUAUUGUUCAAGGGGAAUAAUGGCUGCACAGGAGCCGUCUCCACCAUCUUCCCUGGAAGGCAACAAGCCGGGCUUCCCAAAGAAAAUUCUGGCCAACAACCUGGAAGACAAGCAUCUGUGCAACUCGUGUCAGAAAAUCCUGAGGAGGCCCCUGCAAGCCCAGUGCGGUCACCGCUUCUGCUCGUUCUGCUUCAACAAAACUGUGAGCUCUGGGCCACAGAAGUGCAGUGCAUGCAUCAAGGAGGACCUGUUUGAGGAACCCACCUCCAUCCUGAAGCAAGGCGGUGCGUUCCCUGAUAAUGCAGCCCGGAGGGAGGUGGAGGCCUUGGCAGCUGUCUGUCCUAAUGAGGGAUGCACGUGGACCGGAACUAUCAAAGAAUUUGAGGCCAGUCACGAGGGAAACUGUGACUUCAUGAUCAUCCUGUGUCCCUCCUGUAAAGAACUGAUGAGAGCAAACGAACAGGAGCGCCACAACGAGAGGGAGUGUCCAGAGAGGACGCUUAACUGCAAAUACUGCAAAGAGCCCUUCCUGUUGAAGAACAUCAAGGCUCAUGAUGAAAUCUGUCCAAAGUACCCGAUGAUCUGUGAAGGCUGUGCAAAGAAAAAGAUCCCCAGAGAAAAGUAUGUGGACCAUAUUAAGUUCUGCAGUAAAUUUAAAGCACCAUGCAGAUUUCAUGUUGUUGGCUGCGAUACGUCUGUGGAGAAAGAGAAGAUCCAUGACCAUGAGCGGCAGUGUUCAUAUGAACACCUCAACUUGCUUCUGCAUUUCAUCAUGGGCAUCAAGGUGAGUCUGGAGAGCCUGCAGCCCCAGAGCCUGGAGGUGGCCAGCCAGAAGCUGCAGGAGCUCCACCAGUCCCUUAGAGACCUAGAGCUGAAGAUGAGCCAGCUGGGUGGGGGUGGUGCAGCUCCCGUGCAGGGUGCAUGCGCCCCGACCCUGACGACCUCCUUUACCCCGCUGCCCAGUGCUGUGGGCGCCGCCCUGGAGUUGCAGCUCCAGAGUGAAAAAACGAAGGUGGCUGAGCUUAGCCGGCGCUGCCAGGAGCUGGAGCUCAAAGUGAACACGUUUGAAAACAUCGUUUGUGUCCUGAACCGAGAGAUGGAGCGCUCCUGCACCACCAUGGAGGCCUACAACCGCCAGCACCGACUAGACCAGGACAAGAUCGAAAUCCUGAACAACAAGGUUCGUCAGCUGGAGAGGACGGUGAGUCUGAGGGACCUGUCCAUCGUGGAGAUGGAGGGUAAGAUGAGGGAGAUGUCUGCUGCCACAUAUGAUGGCAUCUUUGUCUGGAAGAUCUCUGAUUUUACCAAGAAGCGGCAGGACGCCGUGGCUGGCCGCGCCCCUGCUAUGUUCUCUCCUGCCUUCUAUACCAGUAAAUACGGCUACAAGAUGUGCCUGCGGAUCUACCUGAACGGUGACGGAACGGGCCGCAGCAGCCACUUGUCUCUGUUCUUUGUGGUGAUGAGAGGACACAGCGAUGCACUCCUCAAGUGGCCUUUUAAUCAGAAGGUCACCCUCAUGCUGCUCGACCAGAACAACAGGGAGCACAUAAUUGAUGCCUUCCGGCCCGACAUCUCCUCCUCGUCCUUCCAGAGGCCUGUCAGUGACAUGAACAUCGCCAGCGGCUGUCCGCUCUUCUGUCCGCUCUCCAAGCUGGACUCUAAAAACUCCUACAUACGAGACGACACCAUCUUCAUUAAGGCCAUAGUAGACCUCACAGGGCUUUAGGCAAAGGCUGAAGGCAUAAAUCCAACCCUGCCUUUUGUUGCUACUAACCUGUUUGAAUUAACAGGCUUUUCUAUCACCAUUUACCGCCAUUUCUCUUCUGGGUCUGUGUAGUUCUUUUGGUUUUGUUAUGAGUUGUUGGAGGCAGUAUGUAAGACCAGAGCAAGUUGUUUUUGGCCUACUAGCAUCAGGCGCUGGUGGUUUUCAAAGCCUCCAAAACCGUUGUUACUAUUUUACAAGUUUUUAUUCAAUGAAGCAGUGAUUACCUACCAAAGUGGCUGGAGGCAUGUACAUAGCAUACAUACCAGUACUGGCCAAUGAUGUGUUAUUUUCCCAUCCUCCAGAAGGCCCUUAAUAUGUAUUUGAACUAACAGACGCAUUCAGGCUUGUAAAAUCACUAGACCGCUACCACACUGACUCUAACCUCCAGUGAUUAUGCUCUGGCUUCUUGUACCAUAGAUGAGGCUCAUCAUGUUCAGUUUUAAGUAGAAAUACGACCCGAUCCUUUUAAAGAAACGUUGGUUCCGUGUAGUACAGCUCACAUAUUGUUGCUAGUUAUGGCGAGUGUUGAAUGAUGGGAAAAACGUGUAAUUGCAAUUUUUCUGACAAACUGCAGCCUUGCAGCUCCUUAUUUUACUGUUCAGCCCUCGUAAUAACCAAAAAUGACUGGUACUAACUAGCCAGUAGCAUAGCUAGCGAAGGACCUUAAUUUGAGUCCCUAGAAAAUAAUUGAAGCUGUUUUUUUUAUUUUUGCUGGCCCAGAAAAGUUGAUGUGACUUUUGUAGUAGAUGAAGAAUAGAAUUAGUGUCAUUUACUUCUGCUUUCAUUUCCUCCAACUCACAGGAUUUUUCUGUAGCUAGCUAGAUGCUUUACUGUGUUAGCCAACAUGAUGAGAGUGGUGUAGCUGAACCAAAAAAGAAAAAUUGUGGCUUGGCAAACCAGAUAAAUUAGCUAUAAGAUCCUAAAACACUUUAUAGAGCUGAGAGGAACCUUACAAAUCAGAUGAUGGUUCUUUCCACAGACGACCUGUAGUUUCUUGGCCCAUCGUUAAUCCACACAAAUACUGCUAGUGCAGCUUUAACAAAAUUAAAGUCUGUCCAAUUACAAAGUGCUUCUUAAGCAAAUAAUGCUUUUGCUUAUUUUGACCUGGGUUUAUGUAUUGCAUUUUUAUAUUUUUAGAGUUUGAAAUUUCAACGGUUAAUAAAUUUCCCUGUUUUCUGUUCAGCUGAAAAACUGAAAAUAAUGAGCCUUCGACCGUGACGCCGUGGCUACGUAGCUGAUUAGCCUACAGACACAGCAAGAGAUGAAGCAGGUCUAGGCGCUUGUGCUCCCUGUUGGCGUAUACUGCCUGGCAUUUGAUUAACUAAUGUUUUCUUUUUAUUGUCUUCUUUACAUGUUUGGGUUUUUUUUUUAUGUUAGCAAAGAUGGGGUUCCAAUAACAGUGUGAUGCCCAUGUAGCCUUCAGAAUAUUGCUCAGCUUUGCACACAGUUUUUAGUGCAGCUGGAAUUUCAAACUUGUUUACGGUUUCUGAACAUCUAUGCCUCCAACUCAAGAGUCCCGUGCUUAUUGGUAAACAUUUGUGGUGGACAUUGCUUGAAUUCCAUGAAUUCUGAGUGCAGUAUGUCAGGUGUGUGUGUGUGCGUGUGUGUGUGCUGUUCCAUUUCUUUGUCGUUCGUUGCAGUGUUGGUUUCAUGCUGGAUCUGUGGAAGAUGCACCGUAGCUUGAAAGGGUUUCUGGGAUGUUGGCCCAGGAAGCAUUAAUGGCGAUGGGAGUCGAGCUGAUUUGCCCACAAAUGGAAAUAUGACAUAUUUUAUUAGAAAAAACAUAUAUUUGCAUACAAGUCCUUAAAAAUCUACAAAUAUCUUUUGAUAGUAAACUUUUGGCCUUUUUCAGUCUUUGUUUAGUGGAGGAUUGGUGAUGGAUUGUUAUGCUGUGAGAUACUGCUAUUAUACAGUGUGAAGGACCGCCUCGGGCAUGAUGUCUGCUAUUCAGUUCAUUCCUUGUAAAGCUUCGAGAUUGCUCCUUUAGAACAGGCUCUGUUGGUGUUUGAUGACACUUGGUGAUUCUUCCUGUGUGGCUAACAAAGAGGGACCGAUCUGGGUCCAUAUUUAUCCGCCUUCUCGUAGAAAACCAGCUCAAAUAUUGCUGAAUAUUCUCUCACUAGCAAAUUUUUGGUCCUGCUUUCAGGUCUAGGAGGAGAACAUUUUAUUAACUUUCUUAUCUGAUGGAAUCAAUCUGAACUAAUUACUCUUAAGUAACCUACAUUUGAAUGCUAUUUUUUGCCCCUUGUGUUAACAUCGUCAGUGUAAAUCUGGGAUGUUUGAUAAAUACAAUCAAUAUUAACUUAUACCUUUGUUUACAUUUCCUGUUUGAAAGUCAUUCAGAUGGCGACAAAGAAACAUAAACCAACCCCAAAGUGACACAAAAUGGCUACAGGCAGAUCUAAAACAACUGCAAAGUCAUGCAAAACAACUGCAAAAGACACAAAAUGACUAUAAAGUGACACAAAAUGACUAUAAUGAGACCUAAAAGGACUGCAAAGGGAUGUAAAUAAGUACAAAGAAAUGCAUUGUAGAUGCACAAUAACUACAAAGAAACAAUGACUACAGUGAGACCUAAAAGUGUGACUAUAAAGAGAUGCAAAACAAAUAAGGUGCCACAAAAUACCGCUAAAGGAUGCAAAAAUAAACUAGAAUGAGCCACACAAAGCUGUUAGAAAGUGAUCCAAAGCAGCCAUAGAGGGACAGAAUCACCACACAGACACUAAAUGACCACAGACUGAAGGAAACGUCUGGACAGGAGGUGACUGCAUAUGCCAUGGACAUGUCGCUUGGACUUGUUUUGCAUUUCUUUGAGCUGCAUGUUUGAUUCCUGAGGGGCCCAUUAUCUGUGAGUUACAAACAGCAGCCAUUAAUUGUUCGACUUCAAUCCUUUAACCUUGAUGCUGUAAUGUUUCUAAAUGUAGAAACCAUUAGGACUGUGGAUAUAUUUCCAUAUGGGUGCAGCCUCUGGUCACGUUUAGACAUGUGGAGGCUGGAGCUGGGACGGAAGCAGUGCGGAGGUAUUAAAAGGGAAACGGUUAUUGUAAUAUUCUCCUAUUUUUGGCUUUCCUCACAGCUUUGAACUGUCCUACUUUUUACAGAAAAAGAAGUGCCUGUACCUUUUUUGUUUCAUGAGCCCACUGAGUUGUUGAUGUGCUUUCCUGUGAGUUUACCAAAAUGUGAAACUUGAUUUGUGCAGUGUUUUUUAAAUUAUCUUUAAUAUUGUUGUCUUUUAUGAAGCCCCUUUACUAGAUGUGAUACAAUUUAAGUGACUAAGAAUGUUUUGCAUACAUAAAACUAGUGAAUGUCAACAGUGUUUAUUUUAUUGAAGAUGAGGCCAGAACAUCUUCAUCCAGACACAUGCAGCAUGUUUUUAAACCUCUCAGCGGAUACUGACACGUCUCUGUGCAUGAGACGUCUCGGUAGGAAAACAUAAAUAUAUCAAGCACUGGUUCAUAUUGUAGACCAGCAUUUUAUUUUUUAUGAGUUCAUGAUCAAUAUAAUAUACAGCCUGUGAGUGUGUGUGUGUGUGUGAGGAAGUUAAACAUAUCUAAAUAAUAUAUAGAUUGUAUUUAUUGAAGAAAAGCAUGAUAAGUUGAGAGCGUUUAGAAGCAUGUGUUGCUUUGUUUGGCUGAAGAUGCGUUUUCAGUCUGACCUCAGCAGGUUGCAGCUUUUUGCUUUCUGUUUAUUACAGAAACAUUUCUUCUUAUUCUUCUUUAGAAUACGUUCUAAUUGUUGCACAUUAUAUAAACUACAUUUUGCAUGUGUGACCGCGGCCUCAAAUAUAUCCGCUCCCACAGUGUGUGCUGAUAGAAGCAGCCGUGCAGCAGAUGUUGGUCUUUUCUCCUGAUGUGGGCCGGACUCCACAAUGAUUCAUUACAAAAGGGCUUCACAUUUCAUUUCCUUCAACUAAAUGUGACACACAUCCAUGUUUUCUGCCCUGCUUAUAGCUUGAACUGUUUCAUAGAUUGGACAGAAACCUUCACCAGACUCCAGCUGGGGAACAUUUGAGCCGGUUGAUGUUAUGCUGUAUCAGCGAUACUGACCUGUAGGAAACGCCACACUGCCUCACUGUUAUUAAAACAGAACAAACAUGUCGAUGUGAUGUGUAUUUCAAAUAACACUUCAGAACUGUCAAACCGAAGCAGAUCGGUUUGGCGUUUGAUUUAUUUACAUAUCUCUCUCUGUUUGUGGAUCUCUAAAGCCCAUGUUGAGAUUAAGAUGAAGAGCUUUCAUCUGUAGCAAUGACAUAAAACUGCAGUCUUACUUGUUGUUCUCUCUGCUACAUUGUGUGGAUAGUAAGUUGUGUGUUAGUAACUCUUUGUACUACAGGAAAAUUGUUCCAUAUUUGUAUUUAAUUUUGAUUUAUUAAAAGUUUUAAGAUGCCCACUA